GCUGCCCAGAAAACAGGCUGCCCAGCACAGACACAACCGCCUCGGAUCAAAACGGGGAGAUAAAGACGGGCUGCAAAAUCAAAGAGACGCUGACAGUUUGUCUGCUGUCGCCGUGGAUUUUCAUUUGAUUAGGUCACUCCAUCAAGACGAAGAAGUAGAAGAAGGAUUCUGAAGAUGCUGCACGGAUGAAGAGUCCUGCUUCGUCUGUCGAGUUUUAAAUGUUUAAUCUUGCCGACGGACUCUGGAGAUGCCGGUCUUCUCUCUGAACUGCAGGAGCUCAUUAGGAGAUUUCUGGAGCAGUUUGUCCAGUUGAAAGGCAGCGUCCUGAUUCUCUGUACCUCUCUGCUGCUCCCAGUUGACCCUGUUCACAUCUGCUUCAGCCUGAAGCGCAGCGGAGAAAACACUGUCCUCUGUGAGUGAGACCGCCUUCCAUGUCUGUGGCUUCUUGAUGGAUUGAAUUUUUGCUCGCAGCUCUAUCGCUGUUUUUGAUUUUAGAGAAGUAUGAGGGAAUGUUGAGGCCUUUUGUAAGCCACAGGCAGUUCACAGAUAGUAGUGUGUUGGCAGAUUGCUGCAGUUGUGGCUCCCUCACUUUUGUGGCCUUUGAUGAUUCGGCUCGGAUUCACCUGGAACAACUAAGUUCUUAAAAAAUCCCAGAUCCUGUAGAAGCAAUGUUUGCGUUCUUCACCCUUUGUGGACUUGAACAGACCCUGAACUCAUCAAACCAACAAGCCGAAAACUGCAUGUAUAAGUCUGCAUUUUGACACCUGACCUCUCACGCUCUGACUUGCCAUGAACUGCACCCAUAAUGCCACCAUCGUUCCGCAGCUGGGACCUGUCCUGAGCGCAGAGGCUGAAGAUGGAGGUCCUCAGGGAAGUGGUGGCGUUGCUGGAGGCAGUGGGAAGGUGUGGGUGACGUCGCUGCUCGGUUUCACGCUGAUAAUCAUGUGUGUCAUUGGUUUUACGGGCAACACGUAUACGCUCAUCAUCACUCGCUCUGCUGCUCUGCGGCGAACAGGCUCCAUGUAUGUCUACAUCAUCAACUUGGCUCUGGCCGACCUACUCUGCCUCUCCACCAUCCCCUUCGUGGUCUGCACCUACUUCGUCCACGACUGGCUAUUCGGCGAGGUUGGCUGUCGCAUCCUGCUGAGUCUGGAUCUCGUCACCAUGCACGCCAGUGUCUUCAUCUUGGUCGCCAUGAGCCUGGAGCGCUAUCGUGCUGUGGCUAAGCCCUUCAGCGCGCACAGGUUCUCGUCGCGCAAACAGCGGCUAGUGGCGGGAAUUAUAUGGGGGAUAGCAUUCGUACUGACGCUCCCCAUGAUGGUGAUGAUCCGACUUAGCGAGCGCAAACCCACUUCUGCUGGUUUGGUCAAGAGGAUCUGCUUCCCGACUUGGACACCCGAGGCCUUCAAGGCUUACAUCACUGUGCUGUUUUGCACAAGUGUUUUAGUGCCUGGAUUAGUAAUCGUUGGGCUGUAUGUUGGCCUAGCCCAGCGCUACUGGACAGCACAGGCUAAAUUAGGAUGUAGCGGUGGCUCUGCCCGGAGGAAAGAAUUGAAGCAUAAAGUCGUUUCGAUGAUCUUUAGCAUCGUGGUGGCUUACUGGGCCUGUUUCUUGCCUUUUUGGGGAUGGCAGUUAGCUAAACUCUUCUCUCCGGAGUCUCUGAAAGCUUUGUCGCCAGCUGCUCACAACUAUGUCAAUUUUGUCGUCACAUGUCUGACCUAUGGGAACAGCUGCAUAAACCCAUUUCUUUACACUCUUCUGACACGCAACUAUAAAGACUACCUGGCCCAGAAGAGUCAGUCUGUGGGGUCCAGUCGGGGGGACCCAUGUUCGGCUGUGACGACACCCAUGCAGGACAUUUAGCAGAAAAAUGAAUGAUGAUGGAUCAUAGUUGCUCAAGAUCAAGAGUCUUAAUCCCUCGUCAUCAGAUAGACUGAGCACAUAUUUGUUCUUGUCAUUUUGUACAAAAUUGUAGAAUGUCAUACUUCUGUCGCAGCACUUUCUAUAAACUUUAUGAAUGCUGGAAACAUUACCACCUUAUUCCUGGAGUUGCUGCUGGGUAGAACUUCUGGAGCAGUAACGGAAGCAGCAGUCGACAAACUUUUUCCAGUGGCAACAAACAAUACUGGUUCUGCUUCAGUGACGGGACGCACCCAUAAUUCACCGUGUAACUUAAACUGUGGCAAAAUGUUUGAGGGCAAUGAAGUUACACUGGAAACAACUGCUUUGCAAGUCACUAGCCACUGUGUGUCGUGUGUAAAACGAAGUCACGGCAGUUUCAUGCAACCAUGCAGGCGCUUUUAUGUAGUGGCAACCUGUGCUGUGGCGUGCCGUGCCGUGCCGAGCUGGGACCAUCGUGGUCUUUAGUCUUUUUCACUGACCUCAGUUCAAUAUUCUUGAACUUGUUAGAGUCUCUCACGAUCAUAACGUUGCACACUCUCACAGUGUAUUUCCAGCUGCUCUACCUGUUCACGUACCUUACAUAGUGAAAUGGGAUUUUUUAUUAGAAAAAGUUAUUUUGACGCUGUUAUGAAAAGGUUUAUAAAGUUGCUCUAAGGAGAGACAAUCGCCACAGGUGCUCGUUUGCUCAUAUGAAAGCCUGGCCUCAGGCCUUGGAUGAAGUAGCACCAUGACUCCCUUCAUGAAUUGAAGAAUAUGCAUGUUCUCACAGUUUCGAAUUCUACAACACGAGCUGUGAUUAUUGGAUUCAUACAGAAUACCCAAUGAUUUCAAAUGUGGGUUAACAUGCAAACUAGAAAAUAUGAAUUCUAAUGACACAAGUAGUGAGCAUACCUCACCCAAGAUAUGACAGUUCCCUUGAAUUCAAUCAAGCUUUAUAGCUAUGCCCUACUCUUUGCAUUUGUCAUUAAAAUGUUAAAAUUGACUGCACAAUGAGAUUAAAUUCUUUUUUUAAAGCCCAAUAUAUGAUUCUUAUGUCCCCCAUAUGUCAUUCUUUCAGUAUAGACAAAACUAUUGUCUGAUAUCUUGAAAGUGUCGUUUUGUGGAAAUCUACAAAGUGUAUUAUUUUUUUCUCUAAUCCUGCAAAUUAGGUAUUUCCAAAUGUUGUGAGCAUAUUUUGUAAAAUAUGAUAGUAUUAAAUAACU